UCAUGUGGUGCAUGUGUGUGCAAGUAUAAGACAAACUGAUCAACUCAGCAACACAACAGUUGUUUGGCUCACUUCCACUUCACGGUUUGCUCUGAUAGUUAUUAUACAGUAUAGAAUUCUGCCUUCUCUACCUACAUGAGUAAAGGCUGAUCACACUGGAAGUAUGAACAUCUCUGAGGAGGGCUUCAUCCACCGAGAGAACAUUGUCUUUGCUACAUUCUACAUCUUGAUUUUUAUUUUUGCUGUUCCUGGAAAUGCAUUAGCACUUUGGGCCUUCUUCCACCAAAGCAGCACCUCUCCAUCUAAGGUCUUUUUGCGUCACCUGUCAGUGGCAGAUAUUUCCUAUAUCCUCAUUUUGAUCAUGCGCAUAGUUUAUCACCUCUUUGACAGCUACUGGCCUUUUGGACAUGUCCUCUGUAAAGUGGCUGGCUUCCUCUUUUACCUCAACAUGUAUUGCAGCAUGUACCUAAUGAGCUUCAUCAGCCUGGACAGAUUUCUGGCUGUGGUUCUACCCAUCAGAUCACAGUCCAUCAGGAAGCCUCUAUAUGCAAAUGUGAUUGUUGGUAUAUUAUGGAUGACAAUUAUUGUAUCUAUGUGUCCGAUACUUAUAAAAGAGGAAGCAAUCAACAACACAACUGGCAUCUGCAACAAACUAUAUUUGGAAGAUACAUCCUCUACCGCAUUGGUUUCAACUAUUGUGGCAUUUGUUCUUCCCCUCACCACAAUAGUGAUCUCAUACAUACUGAUUCUUUGGAAACUAAGGACAGUGAAGAAACAAGGAAAUAGAGCAGUGAGAGAUAAAGCUAUCAAAAUGAUUAUCCUGAUUCUAAUGAAUUUCCUGAUUGCAUUUGUUCCCUACCACGUGAACCGUGUCAUUUACAUUACACAAGGACAUGAAAACACAGCUACUGAUGAAACCCUGGGAAGAGUGAACCGGAUCACGUCUGCACUGACCUGUGUGAGUGGGGUUCUGGAUCCUGUGAUGUAUUUCUUCUUGAACCGUGCAUACAGGGACAAACUGCAUCAGCUGUUCUGUAAAAAGUAAAUGCAACCUUAACCUUAUCAGAAUCAGCUUUAUUGGCCAAGUAUGUGAACACAUACAAGGAGUUUGGCUUUGGUUUUUACAUUGCUCGAACUUGAACCCAGACAACAUGUGGACCUGGACACAACAUAG